UGCAGAUUCGCAUGGAUGGCACCUGUUGCAUUGUUUUGAGUAACGACCGUUCGAAAUAAAGCUCCAAGUUUUGACUGACUAAUCGAACUCCUUGGAAUAAUGAUUUAAGGAAAGGAUUUACUGGGGAGUUUCUAAUUGAGUCAAUGGGCGCAUAUCAACUCGAUGCCAACCACAGCUGGAAUUACAUCAACAACUCAACGAAAAUGUGGAGCGACUCAGGAUUCACGUUGCCAGUCACCGCCAUGCUUCUUUUGAUUAUGAUAACUUUGGUGGUAGUGAUAGUUCUAGGAAACGCUUUGGUCAUUUUUGCAUUUAAGGUGGACAAGAGCCUAAGGAGGAAAAGCAACUAUUACUUCUUGAAUUUGGCAAUAUCGGAUUUUCUUGUUGGAGCGUUUUGCAUCCCAGUAUACAUCCCAUACAUCCUGACUGGGAAAUGGAUGCUUGGCCGAGGAUUAUGUAAACUCUGGCUGGUUAUGGACUACCUGCUCUGCACUGCUUCUGUCUUCAACAUUGUUCUCAUUAGUUAUGACCGCUUCCUCUCUGUCACCAGACCGGUGAGCUACCGUGCCAGACAGAGCAUGACCCACGGAGCCAUAAUGAAGAUGAUAGCUGUCUGGGUUCUAGCCUUUGUCCUCUAUGGCCCUGCCAUCAUCUUCUGGGAGCUGGUUGAGGGGAAGAGCCACGUCCCGGAGGACGAGUGCUACGCCGAGUUCUACUACACCUGGUACUUCCUCCUCGGCGCUUCCAUGUUUGAGUUCUUCUCCCCCUUCAUCUCCGUAACCUUCUUCAACCUCAGCAUCUACCUCAACAUCCGUAGGAGGUGGCUCCGGAACCAAAAGGAGGCCCAGGAACGGUCCCACGCGCCUGCCCGACUUCCCUAUCCACUGACGAGGAGGAUUGUCAUCCGCCUCACCGCGCUCUUCUCCCGAAACUCAGUGGUGGUUAAGAAGCUGGCUAGUGAAGUGUCUGUCAAGAAAAGGGGCUCUGGGAUAGGCUCCUUCCACUCCCAGACUUCUCCUCCCCACAUGGAGCGUCAGGACACGUCCUCCACCGGGGGAACCCAGCGCAGCCGCCUCUCCAGAGACAAGAAGGUAGCCAAGUCGCUGGCGGUCAUCGUCUGUGUGUUCGCUGUGUGUUGGGCGCCCUACACCCUGCUCAUGAUCAUCAGAGCGGCUUGUCGGGGUCUCUGUGUCCAGCACCACUGGUACGAAAUCACCUUCUGGCUGCUUUGGCUCAACUCGGCCAUUAACCCUUUCCUCUACCCGCUCUGUCACACCAGCUUCCGCCGAGCGUUCGGCCGGAUCCUGUGUCCCAGGCAGAGGUCACCCCUGGUGGCCCGAAACUGACCUUCAGCACGGCCAAUAGCAGACGUUGACCACACGUGACCGAUGGACCAUUGAACGAGAGAAUGGAUACUCAAGGGAAGUUAAUAUCAGAUGGAGCAAAAUCAGAUUGUCAUGCAUGUGAUAGCCAGUGGCCACAGGAUUGGGGUGAAUCUUCGAAGGAAAAAUGCAUUGUGAGAAGCACUUUACAUAGACGAAUCAGAUAGUUAUGAAAAUAGUGGAUAUAAUGAAAAUGUUGACUGUUGUUUAUGAACAUGUAUUAAUAUAUUAUGUUGACUGUUGUUUAUGAACAUGUAUUUAUACAUAUAUUAUGAGCAGGUGUGUAUUUGUUUUCUGUGAGGUCUGAGUUUUGUUUGUUACCCAUGUGAAUUA